GAGGAACCAUCACUGAGGUUUACCCCCUCUCCGUUGAAGGCACCGAUUGCCUAGGUUGGUCGUCUCGCCCGCAUAGGCCGAGAUCUCGCCACGAUGCCGCUCCCUCAACCAAAAACGGCGUUGAAUAACGCAUGUUCGGUCAUAUUCGACAACACACUUUACACAUAUUCGGCCGAUGCCUUCCAAUCCCUACAGCUUAAGCCGGGGGCCAAGUGGAAGGUACUGCCACAGGGCGAGAAGGUGACGGGGGCUGCUUGCGUCGGCUCAACAACAGGGACAGCGUCGACGUCGGCUUUCUUCGUGGUCGGAGGUACUGGCGGAUCGGACAAGUACCAUGGGUUGCAGAAGUUCACAUACGCGACGGGGCAAUGGGAGUCGGUAAAGUUGCUGGAUAAGGUGACACAUCAGCGAGUAGGGCACAGCGCCGUCUACCUCAACAGCACCGACUCGAUCCUCGUCUACGCGGGCAACCAGGAUGGGUCCAACGCACCGUCGACAUCGACUUUCACAAUUGGCGCGUCCGCGCCACACAACGUCCGUUCCUACGACACCAGUGGGCCACCAUCAGUCAACCCGAUCUUGUUGUCCUGGUCUCCCAGCGAGGCGGGUCUGGUCGGCGGGAGUACAUGGAACGCACAGGUCAUGCUGUUCAACGCGGCCGACAAGAAAUGGGUUGACUCGGGAGCAUCGCUCGCGGCGCCACUGGCAAAGGAUACGUCUGCUAUCAAGGCGGUGUUGAUGACGGGCGACGAUGGGUCAAAGAACCUCCUCACUUUCGACAUGUCCGCGUCGCCAAACGCAGUGAGGCGAACGGUUCUUUUCAAGGGGCCCGGUGUGCCAGUUCCACAGGCCGCGCCGGUUCGCAGGCGGUUGUCGAGAAGGACGGAGCAUGGGCCGAGCAGUAUGGAGAAGAGGGCCGGUGAGCCCCUGACGCUGAACAACUGGCCAGCGUACAACUCGACCUUGGCCCCGAAGGUCACUAGGAACAACUUCGCUCUCGCUCAGGGGUCAAACGGCAUGGUUGUCAUUGCCGGCGGGAGCGCCGAUGACGAUGUUCUGUGCAUGUUCAACGCCAGAGAUAACAGCUGGGAGGACGCCGACUCCAAGCUUUCCCAGGCUCGGCUUCUUUCGACCGAAUCCUCAACCCGCUCCUCGUCGACGUCAUCCGCUACGGGGACAUCAACAAGGCUAAGUUCAACAUCAACAUCCGUACCCUCCACUACCUCCGUCACAGCCAGCGUGGCGAACCCAACUACCGCCACCCAAGCGCCCACAGAUGCUGCCGUAGCGGCAGUUCCUGAUGGAUCCGAUCCGCAAUUAAACACCAUCCUCGGCGCCGUUCUGGGAAGUAUUUUCGGUGCCGCAUUGCUGUUGGCCCUUGUGUAUAUGUGCAUCAGGCGGCGAAAGAGGCAGGGGCAUAUGGAGGCCGGCCAUGUGAGCCGGUCGAUCGGGCCGUCACCGAGCGAGAAGGACGGUGGCGCGUUUGACAAAGAGAGCCUUGCUUUCGGCCAGAGUCCGCCGCCAGCCUUCCGCGGCCACCAGCAACAGGGCUCCCAGAGCUCCUUCUCGUCAAUGGCCAUCCUGAUGGGCCGCACUGGCGAGAAGUCGGCUCCGGCCGGCGCCGGCCGCAAGUCGAGCAACGAGAGCAGACGCGACUCGUCCGACAGCACCUUCAAGGCCUUCAAGAACACCAUCAGCAAGCCGAUGACGCAGCCUACCCCGGUCGCCGCAGCAAUUCGGCCGCCGCCACCCGCUCAACAGCAGACUAGGGAUGAGAAGGGUGUCGCGUUCGCAGCCAGCACGGUUGAUGCGAAGCCCCGAACCUUGACGGCAGGGGCCGAUAAGCAAGGGGGGAACACACGGCGCAGCUCUGGGUGGAACAGGUACUGGUCCGGCGGUUCGGCUUUGAACCUUUUGGGUUUCGGCAACGGCAACGGCAACCCCAACAACAAUAACAACGGCAACAACAACAACAUUAAUCCUAGUAACGUUGCCGCUCUCAACUCGCGGCGGACCACCCUCGCCUCGGACCGGAGCUCCAACUAUAGCAACCCGCACCGCAUGACCCAGGACAGCGCGACGGUGCCGCCCCUAUUCCCCGCCUCUGCGGAACCGCGGAUGUCCUUCAGCCGUGUCAAUGCCCACAGCCCGACCAUCGCCGUGUACAACGACAAGCUGAACCAGGGCAUGAGCGGCCGGAUCGAGACGCAGCGCCCGAUCAGCGGGGUGAGCGACAUGUCAGCCUCGGCAUACUCGAGCGGCAUCCCAGAGUCCGUCCAAGACGCCUGGGACGCCGCCGCCGCCGAAAAACCGUGGGGAGCGGAUCGCUCGCUCAACGACUCGUCCACCGGCGUCUAUGGAACCCCCCUCGCCCCCGCUUCACAAGGCCUGAAGCCCCCGUCGCAGGCACCGCCGCGCCGCAACCAACAGCCUGUGCGCGACGACAUGAGCUGGCUUAAUCUGGGUGGCAACUAAGCGGAGCCACUCCACCACCAUGUCUGCGUCCAGCCUCUCACCCGCUCGGGGACGUCGUUGUCUGCGAUAACGCUUUGCGCUACGCGG